ACGGAGAUUUGUGAACUACAUCAUCUUCAAUUGUCUUCAUCAUUCCGCUAGCAGCGUAAAAUCCACCAUCAGUGUCCGUGCGCGUUUUUACGCAUUUAAAUCGGACGCAUCUUUACGUUAUCACUCACUAGUUGAACUUGGUAAGCUUCUUUUGGAGAAGAGGAGCUAUGGAUUUGGUGUAUCUGGUGUGUUUGGCGCUGAGCAUCGGUGCUUGGUUCGCCUCUGCAGAGAGACACAGCGUCUACUGGAACAGCUCGAACCCAAACUUCCUGUGGAACGAUUACACGGUGGAAGUGCGCAUCAACGACUAUCUGGACAUCAUCUGCCCACAUUACACUCACGGCGAGGUGUCGUCGCACGCGGCUGAGCGCUAUGUGCUGUACAUGGUGGAGAGGGAGGACUACGAGGUGUGUAAGCCUCACUCCUUCGACCAGCUCCGUUGGGAGUGCUCGCGGCCGUUCGCUCCCCACGCUCCCGAGAAAUUCUCUGAGAAAUUCCAGCGUUUCACUCCCUUCACCCUGGGCAAGGAGUUCAGACAGGGAGAGAGCUAUUAUUAUAUCUCAAAGCCAAUGCAUCACCACGGCCAGGAUUGUCUAAGGCUGAGAGUGGACGUUGCCGGGCAUAAAGGCUCUGGAAAGACCCAUCCAGAUAAAUCCAAGGCAGAUGAUACAGGGAAGAGCAUGGAUGGAGGAAAAAAGAUAUUUGCUGCUGCCGGAGGAGUUCACAACCCCUCUAACCGGCUCCCAGCAGAUGACCCCGCUGUGAUGGAGCCAAACGUUCAGAUGAGCAUCGGCAGUUCGGGAGCACAGCUGCUCUCCCUUCCACUCUUCUUUACCAUGAUCCCAGUCUUACUAGCCCUGAUGCUGCACCAAGGCUGAUAAUGCCAUAACAGAGACAAUGCCGACCCAGUGCAGGUCACUGGGGCCACGAACACUCAAGAGAUUUUUUUUAAAGCAGAUUUUUUUAUAAGAGCAUGGACAUUGCUGUCGGUGUGUGUUUGUGUGUUUGUUUUGCGCGAGUGUGGAACGUGGAUCGUUCCAAAGAAGAGGACCUCAAAGAUCUUUUUGUAUUACUUUACUAUGAGGAUGGAAAUUCUCAUUUAUGACUAUUUCAGAUGCACACUUUUUUCAGUCAUAAUGAACAAAACUGCAAGCGAAUCAAAAUACUUAACGGAUGAAUAUCAAAUUGAAAGUGACGAGAAGAUAACAUUGUCUUCAUUAUCCUGUGUUCUCAACAGAUUUACAUUGUACUCCUCAUCUCCAAUGUCAUGUCAAUGUAAUGUCAUUUUUCUUCCUCUACAUGUAGAGAAACUAUUAAUUCUUUGUCUUGGAAAUGUUGUCGGCUACUGCCAGAGUAGUAUGCGUUAUGUAGGAUUUUUGUCAUGUUGUUGUGUAGCACUCAGCUCCCUGUUAUAUCUCUGCAAGUCUGUCAAAGCACCGCUGUCACAUUCAUGCUGGCACAAAAGCCAACCCUUUGGUUCAGGUGCCGCGGUUUGAAUGAACAAAAGUAUCUGGCAUCACAUAUUUUAUCAGUUCAGCCAUUAAGCAACACUAGAAAACAAAUGGUCUAAUCCAUAUUACACAGUGAUGCCUACUGCUACUCACACCAAUUUAACAGUAAAAAAAAUAUUCUUUUUUAAAGGUUUAACAUGUAUUUCAGAAGAAAUGCUCCAAAAUUCGUUUAGAUCCUAGAAAUAUUUAUUUCUUUUGUUGUAAGUCCUUACUACUGUAUUAUAUCCUCUCAUAAGCUUGAGAGCCACUGAUGGAGGGAACAAAGCAGACUCUAACAGGGGUUUUAGGGAGCUGAGCUUCAUUAGUACUUAUGGUUAUUCACUCAUUUUUACUGUCUUGGCAGUAUCAUGGUACACUGGCCGAUGUGCAGACGUGAUCCCACUUGCACGGUGUCAAACCUCAAACUGAAGGGACUUCUCACAACAUAUUUGCAGCUGUUCUCUUGUUAAACAUGCUUGUGUCAUUUUGUAAAUGUUUAUAUGUACAUUUGUAUAUAGAGAAAACUAUAAGAAACUGUUUUAAGAUGUGAAAAAUGUUCAGUGAAAUAAAAAAAGUUGUG